AUGGUCUGGUUGUUGUGGAUUGUUUUUUUUUCCGAACUCCAUGUGGUACAACUGCUCGGAUGUGAUGUUGGGCCCGGGGCUGAAGUGGCCAAAGGGGAUUUGAGGUGCCUCCUUGCUUGUGCGGCGGGAGCAUGUGUGCAAGUGGUUCGGGAGCAUGUGUUCGGCCGAGAUCUGGAGAUGCAGUAUGGCCACAACAUCCGGUAG